AACAAAACGACAAGGCGGAACGCAAAGAACUCGUGAAAAUGCGAAAAUAAAUCGAAAGACGCAACAGUAAAAAUAAAUUCGGGAAAAUUAAGAAUUAAAACCCUCGAAGUGCAGGAAGCAGGGGAACGCCCAUUAAAAUGGUGCUGCUGUUGGUGCAUCUGCGGCGACUCAUCCUUCUGCUGACCGUGGUCCACCUGUGCGGGACGGUGUUCCGGCGCCUCGUCACCGAACGACACCACGCCUACGUGCUGCAGCCCUAUGGCUACCAGAGAGUGGGACGCCUCCGAAGUGGCAGCUGGUUCAAGGAGCCGCUCCAUGUGCAGUGGUGGGCCUACAUCUACACCUGCUACGGCUACCUAGUGCUGGUCAACUACGUCAGCAUGCGCCGGCUGACAAAUCUGAUAGAGUUCUUCUUGAACUAAAACAUUUUGUCGAUCAAUUUUACUUGUGGCUUAAUCUAUGGUAUGGCAGCAGAAGCAAAUGUUGCAUGUAGGUCCUGUACCAGACAAAUAAUUGUGUUAUAAAUGCUAUUUUAGGGUUCCUGUAAUUAAAAUAUAUUUCUAUGUAUUAUAUUGUAU